AUGAGGCUUUUGAGUAUCUCGGAGGGCUACAAGAAAGAGGAUUUCAGGUUGGUUGUUAUGUUUAUGCUGCUGGUGUGGCAGGAUAGGAAUUUACUUUUGAAGGGAGGUCAUUUGAGUGACAUUGAAGCGAUUAUUGAUAACGGCACAAGAUGGGUGGAGGAAUACGAUCAGGCCCGAGUUUGUACUAUUUUUGAUUCUACUGGUAGGGUCGUGAAGGAUAAUUGGGCUUGGAAGGGUAGAAAAGGGAAUGAAAAUGGUUGUUAUCUUCAAUGUGAUGCAGCGGUACGAGAUUCUGAAAUUGGUUUGGGAGGGUGGAUAAAAGAUUCAGAAGGUUUUGUAGUUGCGGUUUUUGCAUCCCAUAUGUCGGGUUCUUUCUCUCCAACUUUGGCCGAGGCUUUGUCUAUUUUUGGGUUACGGUUCGCUUCUACAAUGGGAUUGAAGAUCAAACAAGUCACAACGGAUUGUCUUGAAGUAGUGCAAGGUCUGAUUACGAACGACUCAUAUCAUCCUUUUGAAGGUAACUUUUCGAACAUCCUGGCACUCUUGGACUCAUUAGAAUGUGGAUUUUGUCGACAUACCAAUCGACUUCAUAAUGUGAUUGCUCACGACAUUGGUAAGUGGGCGGUGGGAUCAAAAACUACGCUCAUGUGGUCAGAUUGUAUUCCAAUAUUUUUUUCUCCUCUGUUUUGUAAGAACUUGAUGGUGUAA